GAAGAGGUGGAGUCGAGCUCGCGAGCGGGUCUCCCAGGUGACAGCGAGGCCGGGCUGGCGGCAACGGCCUAUGAGGGAAGCAAGCGAUGGCAGCAGCGGCGGCAGCAGCGGCGGCGGCAACGGCCACGUCUGAGCGGGAGGCCGCGUCCGCCCUUGAAUGAAGGGAGCCCGCGGUCGCCGAGGGAAGCGGCUCCCCCUCGGCUCGCGCCGCCGCCGUCGUGUCGCCUCUUCUCCCGCUUGGCGCUGGACAAGGACUGGAAGAGGGCGAAAACUUAGUGGAGAUCAAAUAACUUUACCAACUACUGUGGAUUACUCGUUGGUUCCAAAGCAGUCAGAAGUAGAAGACUGGACUUCGUGGGAUGAAGAUGCACCUACAAGCGUGAAGAUUGAAGGUGGCAAUGGCGAUGUGGCCAAUCAGCAAAAUGGUUUGGAAGAAAUGGAGCCUGACUAUUUUAAGGACAUGACGCCAACAAUAAGGAAAACACAGAAAAUUAUUGUUAAAAAACGCGAACCCUUAAGUUUUGGGAACCAGGAUGUCAGUGCAGGAUUUUCUAGUAGAUUAGCAGCUACACAAGACACUCCUUUUAUUCAUCAGUCUCCAGAACUGGGAGACUUGGAGACAUGGCAGGAAAACAGAAAUGCUUGGGAAGAAGAGGAAGAUGCCUCCUGGCAAGCAGAAGAGGUUCUUAGGCAGCAGAAAAUAGCAGAAAGGGAAAAAAGGGCAGCUGAGCAACAAAGGAAGAAAAUGGAGAAAGAAGCACAGCGGUUAAUGAAGAAAGAACAAAAUAAAAUUGGUGUGAAGCUGUCCUAACAACAUUUGCCUUGGUCUCAAGGAGCCAGCAGUGGGGAGAGAAUUCAGCUUCAUUAUUUUGUAUUGAUCUCAGUAUUUUUAGAACUCCGGCUCACUACUUAUUUUAAAGCCAUCUUGGAAGAGACGGUUCGUUCUUCCAUAAAGCAACUGGACAGUUCAAACAACGACAGCAUCAUCCCAUUUAAUCCCAUCAAGUUGGGACAGUGUUUCCUGCAGAAGCCCUGUCCCCGUGCACUCCCACUGCGAGAAGAGCUGCUACUUCAUAAACUCUUCAAAUGCCUGUUUUGAAGCUAAAGGGAAAAGGGUGUAAAUAAUUGAAUGAUGGCAAUCUAUUGUCUAUUAUGCUUAUUACGAGAAAGGUGUGUAAUUAAAUAAUUUUAAAGAA